GUAUCUGACUUCCGUUUAUCGAUUAGUCCCGUCUUCAUACACCGGAAGUGAGAGGAGGAGCCAGAAGUAAAGAUGGUGGCCACCAGGAGAGGAGUCCGCGUGUUCUCUCCAACUAAAACAAACCCGGAGCCUCCGGCUGAUGUCCAGGCCACUCCUUCCACAAGUCGAAGAACCAGGAGCACUGCUAGACAAGUAGAGAGCCCUACCCAUCAUGCCCUGGUGGAGACCAGCAGCCAGCUUGAAAACAUCGAGGGACGACCCCAAGCAUCUCCACCUACCUCCUUACUGAAAAGAUGCACCAGGGCUGCCAGACUCCACAGUCCAGAGGAGUCAUGCACACCCGUGGGCUCCGUCCACGAAGCGGACGUGUCAGACGUGGAUUCCUGCUGCUCUGCGGUGUCCGACAUGAAACCACGGAUGACACGCACCGGAGGGAGGAGGAGACAGCCCGUCACAUCAAGUCAGGAAGAUGAGGAGAUAUCAGAGGUGGAGUCGUGCUCUUCUGCAGUAUCUGCAUCGAAAGCUAGCCAAAGCAUCCGCCGGAGCACGAGGAGGAAACUGAUUCCCGACCCGGCUCAUGUCGAGGCGGGAGACGUCAAGGCCGACGAAUCCCAGAGAGUCACCAGAAGCCAGAGAAAAAGUACUCGCAUCAGAUCAUCUGCCAAACAACAAACGGAGGACUCGGAGCUCUCAGAUGCUGACAGCUGCGUAUCCAGCGUCUCAGGAGUUGGCACUUCUAUGUCCACCGCCCGCAGAUCUAUGAGAUCCAGAACACAAGCAGGUCCCAUCCCCUUACACCUAGACGAAGCCUCGGAAGGCUCUAAAUCCCCCACCCCAGCAACUCGAAGUAGCCGGGCAGUUAGAGGGAAGGCAGCUACUGUAGUCGUCAGCGAGCCCCAGUCUUGUGACUCUGAAGGGUUUGAGUCCGGGCCCACUUACAGUAUGACGACUCGUAGACGGGGAAAGAGCCAAUCCACAGGUCCCAAAGCCUUGGACUCGGACUCUGACCUGACUGACGUGCAUUCUCCGAUGGGCAGCCCCUGCACCACACGAAGCAGAGGAACCCCCUGCAGCAGCCGCACCGGCUCGGGGAGCAGCAGUCGAGGUGCUCGGGCCACCAGGAGCUCCAUCAAGGGCUGUAGUAUUGUUCUCGAAAAAGCUAGGGAGCCGGCUGAAGAGGACAAGUCACUAAAUGAUUCUAGAUUAGAAAGUACAGUGAUUGUGGAGGAUGCAGACUGCACACUGGUGGAGGAAGAUGAGAGCCAAGCGUUGGAAGAAGAACAGAAAGAAGUUGUGAAUAGUACUGAGCUCACAUCAAAUGAGGCAGAUACAGUGAGCGUGGAAAAGGGAGUAAUUGUCAUUUCAGAAGAUGAGGAGGAGGAGGCUAUUAGUGAACCUGCAGUGACUGUCAGACACCAGCAGGAGGAGCCGUGUGCUGAAAAUAAGGACGGGGACAUCACGGAGAAGGAGAUGAUGCCGGAAACAAUCCCGCCAUCAGAGCCGUUAAAGCCUUGCCCGUCAGUUACAGUAACAUCACGUGAGAGUGCUCCUGAGAUCACACCGGAGGCUGAAGAGAAGGAUGAAGGAAUGGAAGAGGCUGAUGUGGACGCCCACACGUCACAGGGAGACGAGGGUGCUGUUGUGGAAACGGGGCCCAGUGAGGAGGAGGAGAUGGAGGUCAGCACGUCGCACGGAGACGCUCAGCAGGUGGUCGAGGCACAAGUUGAGUCCAUACAGGUGACAUCCAGCCAGCAGCAAAACAUCACAGUGGCUUCUGCCCCUGAACAGCAACCUAAAGACGUCAUCGUCAAGAGUACAAAAGUAAUCAGCCUGCUGGAGAGCAGCGAGGAUGAAGAUGAAGAUGCUGAAGAGGAGGAUGGGGAAGUUUCCGAAGAGGAGGAGGAGGAAACGGAGGAUUUGGUGGCGGGGCCUUCCCAGAAGUGUGAAGCAGCAGCCUCAUCAUCAGUCGGUGGACUGUUUAUGAUUGACACGCGGCCCGGACAGGAGGCUGAUGAAGAGUACUACAAGGAGAAGCCAACAGAGGAGGAGGAGGAGGAGAGAGUUGAGCAGGAGGAGCAAGAUGAGGAGUUUGUGGAUGAGGAGGGGGACGACGAUGAUGACGAAGAUGCAGAAAUCCUUUACUCGAGUAGAAAUCCUCAGUUGAAAGAUAUGUCCAGCCGUAUUGACCCUGGCUUCAGAGUGAAGGAGCUCGGGGGUUUAUACAUCAAUUUUGAUGGCAGCAAAUCAAAACCUGUCUCCAGUUCGCUGCAGAAACUAAAGGAAAAGAAGAUCCAAGAUGAGGUGAUGAAGAAGAGUGUGAUGGGACCAGACUUUGAAAAGAAGGAUGCAGUGCCUCCCUACAGUGAAUCCAAACAAGCAUUGAAGUUGAAACGCAGAGCGGAGAGGGAGAAAUCAACAGGAGAUGGUUGGUUUAAUAUGAAAGCCCCUGAGAUCACUCAGGAGCUGAAAGGAGACCUCCAGGUCCUGAAGAUGAGAGGCGCCAUGGAUCCCAAGAGGUUCUACAAGAAAAACGACAGAGACGGCUUCCCCAAAUAUUUUCAGGUUGGCACGGUGGUGGACAGCGCAGUCGACUUCUAUCAUUCCCGUGUUCCUAAGAAGGCGAGGAAGAGAACCAUGGUGGAGGAGCUGCUAUCUGAUGCUGAGUUCAGACGGAACAACAAAAAGAAGUACCAGCAAAUUGUUACAGAGAAAGCGGCACAAGGAGCUGGAAAGAGAAACAAGAAGAAGAGUAAAUUCCAUAAGAAGUAAAUGUGAGGACUUGAUGUGAUGAACACUGACUGAGUGGCUUUUCAUAGAUGUGGAUCUUAUCAACUGCAGGAGGCGGGUUGUUGUCACAUGAUAUAAAAAAUAGUCAUUGCUUUGUACAGUUACAAGAAUAAAAGUGUACAUGCUUAUAUUUACAACUAAAGCAGACAUUUUUUAGUCAAUGGACCUGUAUCUUCUACACAUUUUGCUGUAAUCAUAGUCUUUAUAAAUUUACAUGCAUCAAAUGAACAUUAAAAUAUUUUCUUGACUACUGCCAGUGUUUGUAAAGAUAAAUUAAACUAAUCACAUGAAAUAUCA